AUGCCUCUGGCCGCCAUGGCGUCCCCCCCGUCGAUCAUGUCCACCGUCAUCUCCUUCUGCCCCGACGAGCACUUUUCGUGUGCCUCCCCGUCCAUUGUUCGCGCACCGUCUUCGCCUGCCGACUGCGUGCCCUUCUUUCCCGAUCACGCUGACGUGGCAGCCAGCUACGUCAUCGUAUGGGAUGCUCAACGUGGCAUCAGCACACCGCAUUCCGUUUGUCGCGCGCUCACCUUUUGGGACUCGCCCGACUGCGCGCGCUCCUCCGCGUCCUUUUCCGUGAACAUGCCCGGAGAGCUCCUCUCCCCGCCAGGAACUACCCCUCCCGACACUAUAGCGGCCGCGCGUCGGGCGGAGGCUCACUCGCACAGUGCAACGAGCGGCUACUUCGGUCCCACUCCUACGUACGCCUCGAUUGGCUCCGUGAGUUGCGCUCAAGUGGACGAGAUUGAGCCGCUCAUCCACGGAGAGUCUGCGCAACAGCCGCUGCCCGUCACCACGGUCUACGAGCCGGCUGCUGACGGUGGCGCUUGUUCCUGCAGCGCUAUGCCCACCGUCUCCAUUGUUGCUCUGUCCGUCGCCGCGUUCUGCGUAAUCGUCGCCGUCGCCGCCAUCGUGUUCGCACUCACUGUCGUGCGACACGCGAACCGUGUGGCUAACGACGCUGCGGCAGCAACGGUGGCAGCAGCAGCGGCGAGAGGAGGCGCUAAGGGCUCGACGGCAGACGAGGCAGAGCUGCUGUCACAACACGGCGCGCUGGCGGGCGCAACGAGAGGCGGACGUCUGCUGGGAACCGCGCGCGUGCACGACGUGAUCUGCGAAGAUGGUCCGGCUGGAGCUUGUCCACCUCAACCUACAGCACUUCCGUUUACCUUCUUCCUCACUGUACAUCUCCUGCCCCUCUUCUGCAAUCUCUGGCUUCCCCUUUUACUCAUCUCCCCAAGCGUGCUCGAUCUCAAGGCGGCUUCUCCCAUCAUCCGUUCUCUUCCACCUUUUCCUCCCUUCACAUCUUCCAGAAGCGAAGCUUUUGGUGUCUCCUUACGAAGCGCUGCUUUUGAGCGUGUGUGUGCGACUGUGCUGGCUUGA